CCAACGUUCGGAUCCCCCUCCGCCAUUGCGCGCCGUCCAUCGCUGCGCCGGCGCGAAUUCAGGAACUUCCAGUCGACUCCAUUCCGUCAUCUCGCACCCCCAGGCGAUCAUCGCCGGAGUACGCAGUUGGAACAGACCAUUCGCAGCCCUGAACGCUUGGCCGGCUCGCUGGCGGUGCCGGGCGAUAAGUCGGUCUCCCACCGUUCGCUGAUCCUCAACGCCAUCGCCAACGGGACCGCCACCGUCACCGGCAUUUCCGACGGCGCCGACGUUCGUUCCACCGCCGCCUGCCUCCGCGCCAUGGGAGUGUCCAUCGAUCCGCUGGGCGAACCGGGGAGCUUCCGCGUCGCCGGCCCCGGCCCGAACCUGGACGAGCCCGCCGACAUGCUGGACGCCGGCAACAGCGGCACCUCCAUGCGGCUCCUUUCCGGCCUGCUCGCCAGCCAGGGCUUUCUCUCGGUGCUUUCCGGCGACGGGUCACUGCGCUCCCGCCCCAUGGGCCGCAUCGUCCAGCCGCUGCAACAGAUGGGCGCGUCCAUCAUGGGCCGCGGCGGGAACACCCUGGCUCCGCUUGCCAUACGCGGCGGAAGCCUGCGCUCCAUCGAGUACGAGAUGCCCGUGGCCAGCGCCCAGGUCAAGUCGUGCCUGAUGCUGGCCGGCCUCGCUGCUUCCGGUCCCACCGUCCUGCACCAGCCGGCCCUGUCCCGCGACCAUACCGAGCGCAUGAUGUCCGCCAUGGGAGCCCGCAUCGACAACGACGGGUUGGCCCUGACGCUGCAUCCCGCCGAGCUCCAGGCCGUGGACGUGGCGGUGCCCGGCGACAUCUCCUCCGCGGCUUUCUGGAUGGUGGCCGGCCUGAUCCACCCCCACGCCCGCGUCACCAUCACCGGCGUCGGUCUCAAUCCCAGCCGCGCCGGCAUCAUCGACGCCCUGCAGAUGAUGGGCGCCGGCGAUUCGCUCCGCCUGGAGAACCAGCGGGUGGAGGGCGGCGAACCCGUCGCCGACGUGGUGGCAUCGUCGGCCAGCCUCAACGGCAUCGACCUCGGCGGCGACAUCAUCCCCAUCAUGAUCGACGAACUGCCCGUCCUCGCCGUGGCCGCGUGCUUCGCCGCGGGAGACACCAUAAUCCGGGACGCCGCCGAACUGCGCGUCAAGGAAUCGGACCGCAUCGCCACCACCGUAUCCGAGCUAACCCGCCUGGGCGGCAACUUGGAGCCCCGCGAGGACGGCAUGGUGAUCCACGGCGUGGGCGGCCUCACCGGCGCUGCGGUGGAGAGCCACGGCGACCACCGGCUGGCAAUGUCCAUGGCCGUGGCCGGCCUCGCCGCCUCGGGCGACACGAUCAUCCACGGCGCGGAGGACGCCUCGGUGUCCUAUCCCACCUUCUGGGAACACCUCGCCAGUCUGCUCGGCGACGGCGAAUAG